CAGCAGCUCCUCCUUUCUGGUGCGCACCUCCAGUUGGCCAGUGUUUCCAGGUAAGCCCAUCGACGACCCCUGUUCAUGAUGGAGGCCAUAAAGAAAAAGAUGCAGAUGCUGAAGCUGGACAAGGAGAAUGCUCUGGACCGCGCAGAGCAAGCUGAAGCUGAGCAGAAACAAGCAGAAGAAAGAAGUAAACAGCUGGAAGAUGAGCUGGCGGCCAUGCAGAAGAAGCUGAAGGGGACAGAGGAUGAGCUGGACAAGUAUUCCGAAGCACUGAAGGAUGCCCAGGAGAAACUGGAGCUGGCAGAGAAGAAGGCAGCUGAUGCUGAAGCUGAGGUAGCCUCCUUGAACCGGAGGAUCCAGUUGGUGGAAGAGGAGCUGGACCGUGCUCAGGAGCGCCUGGCUACUGCCCUGCAGAAGUUGGAGGAGGCAGAAAAAGCUGCUGAUGAGAGUGAGAGAGGUAUGAAGGUUAUUGAAAACCGGGCCUUAAAAGAUGAAGAAAAGAUGGAACUCCAAGAAAUCCAACUCAAAGAAGCCAAGCACAUUGCCGAAGAGGCAGACAGGAAGUAUGAAGAGGUGGCUCGUAAAUUGGUGAUUAUUGAAGGAGACUUGGAACGUACAGAGGAACGAGCUGAGCUGGCAGAGUCCCGUUGCCGAGAGAUGGAUGAGCAGAUCAGACUGAUGGACCAGAACCUGAAGUGUCUGAGUGCUGCUGAAGAAAAGUAUUCUCAAAAAGAAGACAAAUAUGAAGAAGAAAUAAAGAUUCUUACUGAUAAACUUAAGGAGGCAGAGACACGGGCUGAAUUUGCUGAGAGAUCAGUAGCCAAGCUGGAAAAGACAAUUGAUGAUUUGGAAGAUGAGCUCUAUGCCCAGAAACUGAAGUACAAGGCCAUUAGCGAGGAGCUGGACCACGCCCUCAAUGACAUGACCUCUAUAUAAACUGAAAUGCACCAAAGAGGAGCACCUCUGUACACAAAGGAUGCUGGACCAGACUCUGCUUGACCUGAACGAGAUGUAGAGCACUCCCGUCCCGCCCUGCCGCCACUCCCCUCCAACCCCGACUCCACCUGAGGCCAGCCUGCCCAGAGCUGACCUCAACACUGAGGGCUGAUACUUUAACUGGAAGGCUGCUUUUUCUCCUUUUUGCCUACCCACCUCCUCCAUCCUUAAACCCCACCCUCCCCCCUGUCUUUGCCACCAAAUUGUCUCUGCCUCUUCCCAGAGACUGCAGUGGGACCAGAGGCUGAGCACUUUUGGGAACAACAUUUAAGGGAAUGUGAGCACAAUGCAAAGUGUCUUUAAAAGCAUGUUGUGAUGUACACAUUUUGUAAUGACCUUUUUUGUUGUUGUAGCAACUGUUUUGUAAAACAUUCCAAGUGAUUCCACACUGAGGCAGCAAUUGAAUCCCUUUCUUAUUUGUGAAGGUGACUUGGCAGCUGAUUGCCUGGUGCCCUCUCCACAGAGGAGGGGAGGAGAGGUUGGGCCUGCCUUUGUAGGAGCCAAACAGAGCCCAGGGAAAAGACUCCUCUGUGGGGAACCUCAUUGCUCUGGACAAAGCAUCAGCCAAACCAGAAAGGUGAUUCUAGAAGGAGUUGGCCAAAAAACAAAUAAAGAAACUAUGCUGUUGAGGUUUACAGUUUUAAGGGAUCUUUGGACAACUGUGUUUUUUUUUUUUUUUUUUUUUUUUAACCUUUUUAAUCAGAAGUGACCAAAUUAAGAGGGUAAGGUCCCUGAGACCAGUUUUUUCUCUCCCCCUCUCCCACUUCUGUCCCUUCUCAACAGCUUGCAGAAUAGAUCAUGUGCCGCUUAGGUUGAAGGGAGCACUUUGUUGCUUUCUUGCCUGCUUGAAAGAAAAGAUGAUUAUGUUUUUGCCAUAGAAAACUCAUCUCACCAACCCUUCGCUGGGUCUGAAGCUGCUGUUUCUAAAAAGUGCCAUCUCAUUGUGCUUUGUAUCAGUCAGUGCUGGAGAAAUCUUGAAUCGCUUAUGUACAAAACUUUUAAAAUUUUAUAUUAAUUUUGAAACUUUGCUUCUCUGGCCUUGGGAACCCUGGCCAGCCCUUCUGGCUGUGGGAGCUCUCCACAGACUGGGGUGGCAGUGUGCUGGCCUUUCCAGAGUUUCCUUCCCCACCCAGUCCCUACUCUUGGUGAGGUUUCUGUGAGUGAGGUCUGUCAGGCGUACAUCCUGCAGCUUAUUGGCUUACAAUGUAUUCUCCUUUGGUGUGGUCUCUCUGGGGCCCACUGGGAGAAAAGAGAAACCAAUAUGUAACUGUUUUGAUACUGAAUAUUGACAAUAAGUGUCUUUUUGAAAUAAAGAACCAGUCCCUCCAACUC